AUGUCGAACAACGAUAAACGUAACAAACGAAGACGUCGAGGACAAACUCCACCCAACUCAAUGGAAGAGAUCCUGACCAGACUGCGCGCUUUGGAGGAGCAGUCUCGUGCGUCUGUGGAGACGCAAGCCAGUGCAUCAGUCAGUGCUGGCACUAGUCGCGCUGUCGCGCUGCAAAGCGCCACACCAGCAGCCGCAUCGACGCCUGGGGCGCCGACUCCGCCACGCGACCACGUGGUUACGCCGCCACCGACUCCGCAAACCAGCCAGACGGGGUUAUCGCAGUCCGAAGAUGUGGUGACGAAUGCUGCCGAGCGGCUCUUGGCCGCUAUCAGCUGUGCUCAGAAACAAACAAAAGAUGCUUAUGUUAAUAAAAAUAGAAAACCUCCUAAAAAGUAUCAAGUAAAUGACUUGGUUUACGUGAUCAAGAAUUCUCAAAGCACCGGGAAACUUGAUAGUGGUAUGAGAGGCCCUUAUAAAGUAACGAAGGCGCUCCCUAAUGAUAGAUACGAAGUCCAAUUGUUGGCUGGUGCCUAUGGCAAAACUACUCAGGUAGCUGCAACAUAUAUGGUUUUAUGGAAGGGUGAAUGGACACCUGAAACUUGUGCUUCAUUUUUUGAAGAAACCAAUGAUGACAAUGCUGAGCAGUUAUCGGAUGUUGUGGGUGUUACCGGUCCAUCCACAAGUUCAUCUGAGGGCUUCAGGGACGCAGCCCCGUCAGGAGAGGCCGUGUUGGAGGAAGACUAAUAUUUUAAUUCAGCAACACCACACCUGCCUAUAUAAGACGAGAUGUUGGCGAUAAGAGCUCAUUAUUACGUUAACUUUUGAAGUGUGCGGAAGCUCUGCCCGAAU